AGCGUUUACAGAAUUCUGUUGCUAACAUUUAGUAUUGCGAUUUGAACAAUGACUUUUUUGCAUUAUACAUUUCUGUGGAUAUUAUUUGCCGUGGUAGAUUCACAUUCGCCAUUAACAGAUAAGAAGGCAGGGGAUGUCGUUAAUGUAAAAUCCUCGUGCGAAGCAAGUGAAAUCAUCAUUAACCAUCUGCAGAACCAGAUAAAUCAAGAAACGGUGAUAAGGCUAUCUUUACUGAAACAAGUGUAUUCACUGGUCAACGAUAUGAUUAGUAUGAAAAAUGAUAUGGCAGCCAUGAAAACCGGCGCAGAAGAAAUAAGAAAAAGUACUGAUGAUCUCCGGCAUGAAGAUAAAAAAAUGAUGAUUGAAAUAGAACAGAUGAAACAUGAUCAUAACGACACAUCUGAAAUGAUAAUGAACGUGCAGCGUGAACAUAAUAAAAUGUUAAGGGAAAUAGAACAAAAGAUGAAAAUUAACCAAAACGACACAUCGGAAAGAAUAGUAAACGUACAGAAUUACUUACUCAACGUCAAUAAUUCUGUAUGUUUCCUCCGUAAUUAUACCGACGAAAUCAAUGCUAAUUACGACAUCCAAGAAAAGAGAGUGAGAGAUUUAGUAUCUGAGCAGGAAAAGAUUCAGACUAGACUGGAUGUCCUGUACAAUGAGGAUGAAAGAAUACUCACUGAAGCACAAUGCAUAAUAGCAAACUACAGCGAAACCACACUUAAGAUCAGGGAAGAGUUACAAAAUAUCACUUCUAUGGUCAACAAACUGCAAACAAUUGUUUCAAAACGUCAGGUUCAAGGAUGCUUAAAUUCAAGCAACUGUUGGUUGCUGUAUAGUUUUGAGUAUGACAAUAGCUGGAAUGGAUGUGAAGGUGGAACCCAAUACGUAAAGAAAACAUACUAUUCUUCCGCCCCUUAUCUUGGUGUGAUGACGUGUAGUUCAACAAGGUAUAAGCUGUUUCUGGGCAAAACACUAACUGGCAAGUAUUAUAACAUUGCUGAUGGAAAUGGUAAAGGAGAGGAUAAUUGUGAACUCCUGGGGACUACCAAGAAUGGCGUAUUGCCCGGAGACUACAAAAGAUCACCAAACACAGAAGGUUUCUAUCGAAGUGAUCGGGGAGAGACUUUUUCGUUCGUAAGAAGAAUAGGAUCUGUUCCGUCCCAGACAGGCAAAUGGUAUGAACAAUGGAUCGAGUGUGGUGUUAACAUACCGGGAAGUGACACGGUAGUACCAGUGUAAACCUAGAUAGAAAUUACUCCAUGUUUUACUUAUGCAUAGGUUAAAAUAAAGACAGCAUGUGUAAAUUUUUUUUAAAUUUCAACAUCUGCUUGACUAUAUUAUACUGCGUUUUAUACUAUAUAAAUUAUAUUAUAUACCUCUCAAAUUCUUUGUGGGCUUUUUCUUGGAAGGGGGAGUUGCCUCAAUAUUUUUAACACAUUAAAUGUUCAAAACAGGUCAAUUAACUUCCAUUUUCUUCUUUAUUAGCUGAAUGUAUUACUUCUUUUUCAAAAUAGAGGAAAAAAAAAUAUUACACUUUGCUCUUUGAAUAUCAUUGUCGAAAAAACAAAUUUUUUGUACCUAAGGACCAAGCAUGUGAAUGAUACAUUCAUGUAUGACUCUCAUGAAUCCCUAGGAUAUAAUAUACUUUCUUGGAACAUGUCCAUUUUGAUGAAAAAGCAAAAUUUAAGGAUUUAAAUGUUUACAUUUGUAUUUUAAACAGCCGUUAUUGUA